CGAAUAGUGCGGUUCUAUAGUGAAAGUUAAAUAUUGGUUUCGUAUUUUUAUAGUUAUGGUUAAUAUCAGAAUAUUCAAAGCCUUGUAUUUAAUAGAACAUUAAAAAAAUUAUGGAAUCCGAAUCCGGAACCACGAACACCAAGAUUUCCGAUUCCGGUUAUUCCAAUAGCUGCAGCAACAGUAAUUCACAAAGAAGUGCAAGUUCUAAGUCAAGGCACAGUGGAAGUAAUUCAAGUAGAAGUAGUGGAUAUUGCGGUACUGCCAAUCCUGACGAAAGUGGCGAAAUCGGUUUUCAACUACCAAAACGCAACAAAGAACACAAAAAGAAAAAAUUAAAGACAACAAGUUCCAAUGCUAACGUGACCAAUAUUUCAUCCGUAACUGCGACUGCCCCUCCAGAUAACAGACACACUUGUUUAACACUAAUAGAAGAUACAAACGAACAAAUUAUGGGUGUGGAAGUACUGCCAGUACCUGUUGCAGACACAGCAACGCCAGUGACUGAUGCUGUAGAAAAGAAUGACACUGUAGUCAGUUUAUCUCCAAUGGUGCCAGUCACAGCGGAGACACCUCCUCCACCUAAAGAACCAUGGCCUGACCAACAGUGUCAACAGAAGGAAAACGAAAGUCCUUUGGAUAUCAUUACUACGUCUAUUGAAACCUCAGGGGACAAAAGCAAAGUGUCGUCGUGUCAACCAGAAGGUGGUUUUUGUUGUGUGAUCUCCAUGUACGAUGGUGUUGUGUUAUACACAACUCCUAGUUUAACAACAGUAUUGGGUUUUCCUAAAGACAUGUGGUUAGGGAGAUCCUUUAUAGAUUUUGUGCAUCCCAAGGACAGGGAAACUUUUUCUAGUCAAGUUACCACAGGUAUUGCCUUACCGCUCGUAGAUUCUCAAGGAAAAUAUAAAGAUAUAAAAAAUUGUUUACAUGUUUGUCUUCGAAAGUAUAGAGGGUUGAAAUCGUCUGGUUUUGGUGUUGUGGAAAAGGCUGUCUCGUACCAAGCUUUUCAGCUGACAGUGACUUUUAGACACUUAACAGAAACCCCUGAUUCUAAAAAGUUUUUUGACACCAAUGGUGGGAUGUUUUUAGUAGUCGUGGCCAAUCCCAUCUUUUCUUCCUACAAAGUUCCUGAUGAAAGAGUCAAAUUUGGCAAAUUUGGAAUGAGGCACACUGCCGCAUGUAUUUUUAGUCAUGUGGAUCCCGAUGUAGUUACGAAUUUUGGAUUUUUGCCGCAAGAUAUGUUAGGAAAAUCUAUUUUCGAUUUUUAUCACCCUGAAGACAUGUCCUUUUUGAAGGAAGUAUACGAAUCAGUUAUGACUAUGUGCCAAAUUGCUGGAUCAGUUUUUCGCAGCAAGCCUUAUAGAUUUGCGGUACAAAAUGGUGGUUUUGUUAUGAUAGAAACCGAAUGGUCUAGUUUUGUUAAUCCAUGGUCUAGACGACUGGAAUUUGUAAUUGGUCUUCACAGAGUUCUUCAGGGUCCAAAAAAUCCGGACAUUUUUGAUCAAAAUCGGGAAGACGAAAAGAAAUAUAUUCCCGAAGAAGUUAUCAAAGAAAGCAAAGUGAUUCAAGGUGAAAUUUUACUACUACUGAACAAGGAGUUGUCAAGGCCGUCUGAGGCUGCUAAACACGAAGUGUCUAGAAGAUGUAAAGACCUUGCUAAUUUUAUGGAAUAUCUUAUGGAUGAAGUAAACAAAACAAAUUUACAAUUAGACUUACCUCAAGAUACCGAUCCAACUAUUUCGGUAAGUCUAAGACGACGGGAACGAGAUUCUGUAAUGCUUGGUGAAAUCUCUCCUCAUCACGACUAUUACGACAGUAAAUCCUCUUCUGAAACUCCUCCAAGUUACAAUCAGUUAAAUUAUAACGAAAACAUACAAAGGUUUUUUCAAAGUAAACCAAAAACAACUGCUUCCGAUGAAAGUAGUGAAAGACCAAGUGCUUCAAAUGAUACUGACGCGGAAGGAAAAAUUAUGCCUUCUGUACAGCAUUGCACCACCAAUCAGAAAUGCCUUUCUCCUGUUGAGACCAGUGGAGCUUCUGGCAGCGGAAGUGCAGGAAAUCUGAGUUCCGUCAGUAACCCGAACAUGGAAAGUGCCACCACAAGUGCGACUAACACGUCCAAUGAUUCAUAUAAACCCCUCCAUUUAACAGAAGCAGUUCUGUACAAGCACAAUGAGGAUAUGGAAAAGAUCAUGAUCAAACGCCACAGAGAACAACGUUCAGUGACAAGAGACCGAGAAAGCAAAAAGUCGCAUCAUAAAAUGGAUAAAGUGAAUGUUAGUGAUAAAAAUAACUUAGAGAAGAACGAACAAAUAAUCCAAGGUCAUGGGAUUAAACGCAGCGUCUCCCAUUCUUGGGAGGGCGAAAGUCAUAAAAUUUCCAAACAUAAACAUCAAACGGGUCGUUGCAACUACAAUGGUAAUCAUGAACAAUCAAAUCACAUGCGGCCGAAAGCUUUCCAAACUCAACAAGUGCCCACUAAUAAUGACACCAGCAAUGGCAAUACGUUUAAGCAAGGGCUCAAUGACGUGAAUUUAUGGCCGCCGUUCUCGGUUACUGUGACGCCGAUGAACAAUACCCAAGCCAUGAAUGUUAAUUCCAAUCCAAAUCCAUUAGGUGGACUUGCAACAGGGAUGUUUCCAGUUUAUUACAUUCCGACUCAGCAACGGAAUUUUGACGGAGACGCUAACAAUCCUUUAAAUCCGUCUAGAUAUCAAGUUCAAUAUAUGCCCGGGAUGGUCUACAAUUACAACCCUAUAUUUCCUGCUUCCCCUCUAAUCUGUUCACCUCUACCGGUCCUUUCGAUUCCUGUAACUCCUGUAAAUCCAGAUAUGUCCCAAAGCAAAGCCCCUAAUCCCACAGUGAGUGUCGAAGUUCCAACCGAACAUAAACCGAGUCCUCAUAGUGUGCGUUCAGUUCACCAGUUCCAAAGACCAGCAUCUCAGGCCACCUCUGUUAAAGCGGAACCUGGAAGUGCGUUGGGAUCUAUAGCGUCGGCCAGUGUUGCUAACAAGGCGAUGUCUGAAUGUUCACGCAAGGAUUUAACGCUUCAGUCAGUUUGUUCGCCAGAUUCUCCACUGGUUAGUCCUCCCGAUGGAGAGACCAAUAUGGAGAAUUUUCAUUUGAAUUCGAAGAUUUCUAAUAUAAACGAACAUGGUGCCACUCUUUUUCGACAAAACAAUGUGAUAGAUGAUGAGAGCUGCUUCUCAUCAUCGUAUUCAUCAUUCUUGAAAACUGAUUAUGGAUCAGGAUCUAAUGAUGAUACGAAUGUUACCGAAAGCAGAAUAGUUAAGAAAGAUGAUGCAUGCAAGGAUCGUAAAAGUUUUCCAGUUCGAAAACGAGAUCCACCGUGGUUGGAAGCUGUUAGCGUAACUCCUGACAUUAUAUACAAAUAUCAGAUGACCGUGAAGGGUUUGGAUGAUAUUCUUGAAGCAGAUCUCCAUGCUCUGAAAAAAAUAGAUCAGCCGAUGCUGGUGAACGACCAAUUAAACCAGCUUUAUAUCGAAAUGGAAUUAGAGGGAUUAUCGACGAAAUUAACGUUGGAGGAAGGAAUUACAUCAAGCAGCAGUGGGGAUGAAAUUAGUACUAACUCAUCAAAACCGAAGAAAAAGAGGAGGUCCCAGAAUGCAGUGAUGAUGAUGUUUUAUGAAGAAAAUGCUCCGUUACCUUCUCCGAAUCAGACGUAAAGUUUUCCUACAAACAAACAAAUGUUACUAUUUUUUAUAAAAGGAAGUUACCGUGUCUGCGCAUUUGCAGCGUUUUCAUUUUUAUAUUUUACUAAAGUCGCAAAUUUUGAUGUUGUGAAAUAUACAACCGACUUUAUAUACUUUCUUUUCUAAAGUUUAGAUAAAAUGUGUAUAAAAUAUAAUGAAAAAAUGUGUG